AUGGCUGCCAUCUCCCAUAUCUCAGAGCUGCCUGGCUCGUUCCCAGCGCUCGAGUCCAUCUCUACUUUCGAAACGGCAGAAGCACUCACCGUUGCCCGAUCUUUAGCUCCCACCAUCACCGACAUUCUCUCCAAUCCGACUACGGCGGCAAUCAGGGAGAUUUUCCUUCCAGACGCGUUCUGGCGCGACCAAGUCUCGAUUUCAUGGUCCUUGCGCACCUUCUAUCCAACCACUGCAAUCGCACAGAACAUCGUCCCACUUCUCCAGCGCGCAGACAUCGACACGUGCUCAAUCAAGUUGCUGGAAGAGCAGGUGCUCCCAGUCGACCUGCCCAAUGGAGUCUCCCUCGUCCGUAUUCCAUUCAAAUUCAAGACUCGCAGGCCCGGGGCGGACGCCACUGCUGUUUUCAAAGUCGUGCGCGGGAAAACAGGCGCGAUUAAAAUAUUCACAGUGACGACCGCGCUGCAAGCUAUAGAUGCGGUUCCAUGGCGCACUGACUUCCCACCCUCAAUGGUUCCGCCUGAGCUUCCUCAGACACUGCCGAGCACAGUGGAUGUUCUCGUCAUUGGUGGCGGGCAUGGUGGAUUGAGCGUGUCGGCGUACUUGAAAGCCCUGGGCGCAAACUUCGCCACGAUAGAGAAGCUGGGAACAAUUGGGGACAGUUGGUCUAAACGAUACGAAAGGAGCCAUAGCCCUAGGAUUUAG